UCGCGGCGGUGGGUCGGAGCCGCUGCGUCCCCGGUCUGGCACGUUCCUAGCCAAAUUCUCCACUGUGUAAAAUUGGAUUCCCCCUUUUUCACUAAACAAAUAGAAAUAUCCCUCUUCAAUUCCCUGCAACCGCGUAUAGGUUUGCCGUUAAAAUACGCCUCUAAACCCCCCAGCAGAUACUUCAGAAGAUGGCGGUGGUAAGCGGGAUGUCGGGGUCGGCGGUAGCCCGGCUGGAGGGCCGAGAAUUCGAGUAUCUGAUGAAGAAAAGGUCGGUGACCAUCGGCCGGAACUCCUCGCAGGGUUCGGUGGACGUCAGCAUGGGACACUCGAGCUUCAUCUCCCGGCGGCACCUCGAGAUAUUCACCGCCGGAGAAGACGGCACAGGCACGGGGGAAUUCUACCUCCGAUGUCUUGGAAAAAACGGGGUGUUUGUUGAUGGGGUGUUCCAGAGAAGAGGGGCUCCACCUCUUCAGCUCCCACGAAUGUGUUGUUUCCGGUUUCCCAGCACGAGUAUAAAGAUCACGUUCACAGCCCUGUCCAACGAUAAGAAAGAGCCAAGGAACGUGCCCGAAUCACCGGUUAAGCCUGUCCAGCCCCAGAUUUCCCCACUGACCAUCAACAUUCCUGACAACAUCGCCCACCUCAUGAGCCCGCUGCCUUCACCCACUGGUACCAUCAGUGCAGCAAACUCCUGUCCAUCAAGUCCGCGGGGGGCGGGACUCUCCAGCUACAGGACAGGCCGAGUACUGGCUGCCGACCUUAUAGGAGACAACUCCCAAUCAGAAAACGACAAGGAGGCCUCAGGUGAAGACAGCCCAAAGGAUGACUCAAAACCACCAUAUUCAUAUGCACAGUUAAUAGUCCAAGCUAUUACCAUGGCUCCGGAUAAACAGCUAACACUGAAUGGAAUAUACACCCACAUCACCAAGAACUACCCCUACUACAGAACAGCUGAUAAAGGCUGGCAGAAUUCAAUCCGUCAUAACCUGUCCCUGAACCGCUACUUCAUCAAAGUGGCCCGGUCUCAGGAGGAGCCGGGCAAGGGCUCAUUCUGGAGGAUCGACCCGGCCUCUGAAGGCAAACUCAUAGAACAGGCCUUCAGGAAGCGUAGGCCCAGAGGGGUUCCCUGCUUCAGGACCCCUGUUGGACCGCUGUCAUCCAGGAGUGCUCCGGCUUCUCCAAACCACACAGGAGCUCUAUCGGCUCACUCCAGCGGGGUCCAGACCCCCGACAGCCUCUCCAGAGAGGGCUCCCCGGUCCCCAUGGAGUCAGAGCCGACCCCGCCGCCAGCGCCCACCCCUGCAGCCCCAGUACAGCCCAAACUCGCCGUCAUCCAGGAGGCCCGCUUCGCACAGAACUCUCCUGGCUCCCCCCUCAACAAUCAACCCGUGUUGAUCGCCGUGCAGCGCCAGAUGCCUCAAACAACCAUGAAGCCUGUGACCUACGCCAUGGCCACACCGGCCAUCGUAACGACGACAGGUAGCCCCGCCCCCGUAAUGCAGACGGUGCACGUCGUCCAUCAGAUCCCAGCUGUCACCAUGGCGACGGUCGCCGGACAGCCUACAGCUACAGUGAGCCCAGAGCCUCAGGAGAACGGAGGAGGGGACCAUCAGGAGAUCAAAGUAAAAGUGGAGCCGGUCCCGUCCAUCACAGCCUCAUCUAUAGGUGGAGUCAGUCGCAUCAUCCAGACUUCUCAGGCUGCUCCGCUCACAACGGUUACCAUCGUGCAACAGGCCCCGCUCGGUCAGCACCAGCUCCCAAUAAAGGCCAUCACACAGAACGGGACUCACCUGGUCCCCAUCAGCACUGCUGCUAACACAGCCGUUGCCAACCCCCUCCACCUCCUGGCAACCCAUGCCUCCGCCUCCGCCUCCCUCCCCACCAAGAGGCAGAACGGUGAACUGCAAGACCAGCCCUUGUCCAAACGGGCCAAAACAGAAGAGGAGGAAGACGAAGGCGAGGCCUCCACCAACAACGGCAGCAGCAACAACACGGACAGAGCCGUAGAGGGAGGGGUCAGUGAACAGCUCAGCGACAAGUAGCUCGGCAUCCUGACCCCUGACCCUUCUCUCCAUGGAGCCUCACACCUUCCACAUUCUCAGCCCUCCAUCUUAACCUGGUUAUCAUGUUCUCCAAGGUGCCAAAAAGAGAAGAGAUGUGGAAACUUCAGAAUGUGCAACCCUCCACCACCCCCCCAACCCUUACCAACUUCCUCUUCCGUAGUAUUAAAGAACACGAUGCAAAAACUAAAGACCAAAUUGAAAAUCAAAGAAAAGUUGCUGUGAAUCCCCGACAUUUGAGACCCAGAUGGCGCCAAGAAGCACAUUGGGGACAAAACUCAAGAGAAAUUACUUACCAACGUCUCAUCUUUGCCUUCCCAGAGUGCAGUGGGGCGACAAAGAGUCGACAUUGGCCAUCCCGGUAGCAUUGCAGACAGACAAGCGCUUUAUGAAAUGAGUGGGAUAGAAAAGAAAAGUGAACAGUAGUGUAUUGGGCAAAGGGAAAGCGUUGUGUACGUGUGGACAUUCCCAUCUUCGGCAGCUAGCCUCCAUGUUGACCUACCUAACCACGUUGUGAGUAGAUAUGCAGUAUUCCGUUGUACAAGUGUAUCUUUGGAUCUUUUUAAGUGUUUCUCCGUCUCCUAAGGCACAGACACUUGUCUAGUAAUAACUAAGAUACUAAAAGCUAUAAGUGGGCUCUAUGAACAUUGAAACAUCACCUGGUAUUUUGGGAUCCUUUUUGUUUUGUAUGUGGACUCUGUUCAGUGAAAUGAAUGUAGUCUUCUUUUUCCUUUGAAGAAAACACUAUCUAUGGAGUGGAUGUUCUGUUUUUCUGCUCAUUCAUGCAAUUUCUUUAUUACUGUACAUCAGAUUUUUCAUAUUUUACAAAUACCCUAUGAGAGAAAAAAAAAGUAUAUUCCCAUGCGUAUUUGACCAUAUGCUUCAUCCAGCUUGCAUGUUACGGAUCUAGAGACAGUGAGCAGAUUAUCUGAAUAUGGAACUGAAGAAAAUUUAGACUGAAUCUACGCUAUAUGAUUCUGACCAGUGCUGCACUUAACCCUUAGUUUCUUUUUAAUGUUUCUUUCGUUUGCUCUCCUCUGUCAUCAUUUGGCUGUUUGUUACCUUUGAGUCUGUUUUGCUUGAUUCUUUUUCUUCCGUUUCAGGCUACUAAAAAAAGUCUAUUCAGAUUGUAUUCUAUGUUACAUGAGGAAAAACAAGUGAUAGGUGUUUGUUCUGCUUCAGUGGGUAUAAAAAUGCUUUUUUUUAUAAAUUUAUUUAAAAUGCAUAGUUGCUUAGUUUGUAUUCCUUUGAGUAAAAAGCCUUCUCCGCUGGGCAAAGUCAAA